AUGGCAAUAUCAGCGACGGAGCUCAGUUCUCACAUCACUAGGGCUGAGCAGACCCAGAGUGACAUCACGUGUGACAUAAUGACGUGUGCACUGGAUGACACCACCACAAAAUCAGCCACGGAAAUGUCCCAGCUGCAGAUGAUUGGGUCGGAAGAGAGAUGUGUCAUUGAUGAGUUUGCGCAAAUAUGUGGCUCUGGAGGUGGAAUGCCCAGGAUCGGAGCGGGGGCACAUCGUGCAUUAAGCCCAAGAUGGCCCAUGGUUCGCCAUUUAUCUGUUAGUCCUGGCUUGGUUAUUAAAUACGAGGAGCUGAAAGACUUGAUGAAGAAUGAUGGAGUUGUUCUUAUUGAUGUUCGGGAACCCUGGGAAACGAAAGAAUAUGGAAUUAUUAAGGGAUCAGUAAAUAUUCCAUUGGGUGAUCUACAAGCUGCACUACAACUGUCCCCCAAGGAAUUUGAAGCAAAAUAUCAUGUAAAGCUUCCCGAAAAAUCCAACACUGUAGUGUUCUCUUGCCUGGCUGGGAUUCGAAGUGGUAGAGCUUUGGAAGUAGCGACGUCACUGGGUUACAGUCGGAUCCAUCAUUAUUCAGGAGGCUUUGAGGAAUGGGCUAGGCAUGAAGUGACAGAAAAACCACAAUGAGCCAGAGCUUAAUAGAGCAUUCACUAUAAUAACUACUUAAGAUACAC